AUGCGCUGGACCCUCCCAACAACACUCCUCCUCUCUGCCCUCACCGCGACCCCCGCCCUCGCCGGGCAGGAAGUGGUUGCGGUCUGGGGCGGCUCAACCUUCAGCACAGUCGGCCCCUCAGGCGAGAACGUCUUCGUCUCCGGCUUCUCGCUGGUUGGAAAGAACGGCGAGAAAAUCUACAACGAAGCCUACCCGGACGGAUACAACCCUUGUAUCUUCGCGGGUCAGGAGUUCCAGCUUGAAGGCGGAUGUCUCGGCGGGGCAUGGUACUCGUUCCGCUGCCAGGCGAACCAGAUUGGCGUGCCGCAGGACUGUGAGGUGAUGGGCCCGGAUGGGUACAGUGUCGCGACCGGGGAGGGUAGUGAUAAUACGGACUUCUUCGGGCUGGGGAUUUCGGUCUCGGGCACUUGCCGGGUGCAGUUUGAGUUGUGGGAUGGGAUUGAGUGUGGCGACGACUCGGGGGACCUGGUGGCGCAUGAUACCGCGUGGGAGGGGUGGUAG